CUUCGGGAGGCGUGUCAUUUGAUUAGCUGAGCGUAAUUGUGUUAGAGAUUGAGUUGACAGGUCGUCAUUGCGCUCGAGUCGCUUCGUGAUCGGCCUUGUUCUCGAAAGGUUUGGUACAGCAGCAGGAGCAAGUGGCAAGAGGUAUCGCGAUCGAGAUAUACGGAAAGGAAGCUCGAAACACCUGUAUAUCGACAAGGGCCCGGGGCAGCCUCGAGCCGCUCCUCUGACCGGACCAAAAUCCGAAAAUGUUCAUUCCUACGCCGGAUCAUGUCAACAUCGAGAGUGUGAUCGAGCGUGCCACGGCUACGGUGGCGAAGAUCAAUGGCGAUUACGUAUUGGAGAAGAAAUGGAAUUUGCCGCUCGUGGCAUUGUCGUAUAUCAGCAGUUUUCUUGGGGCGUAUACAACGACGCAGUUGAUGUGUCAUGUUUCCUCGACGCGUGCACCACUAUUAUGGUUAUCCCUCGCCUCCCUCACCUUCGGCGGCUGCGCAAUCUGGUGCAUGCACUUCGUCUCCAUGCUCGCCGUCGACGUCGGUGUCGAACUAACCUACGAUUUCUGGUUGACGUUGGUAAGUGCACUACUCGCCAUCUCCAGUACGUUCGUGACGUUUGGGUUGGAGGGGAUCAUCGAGUUGUGGAAUAAGAAUGUGGAGAAGAGGCGUGCGAGUGGGCCUUCGGCGGGUGAAUAUCAGCCGUUGAAUACGAUGGCGGAUGGAGUUGAGAGGGAGGCACAGGCGAAUUCGCAUGGGAUUCAGUUGGAGGAUUUCCCGACUGCGACUACCACGGCACCGAUGUCUCUGCCUACUACGCCGCAGCGUAAAUCGACCCGCGAACAUCGACGAACGUCAAGCCGACCAACACUAACCCACAUCCAAUCAGCCCCAUCAGACGGCUCAGUCCGACCACCAUCAGCCGGAGCAACAACCCUCAAAGCCACCGCUGCCCAAUCCGAAGAAGCCCACUUCGACCGCAACCUUUGGACACGCCGCGCAUUCUCCCUUGUCUCGACCCCCCGCUCCAGUACCGAUUCCGACAUUGCACACGCCCGAAUGUUCACCUCCGGCCAAAAGACCAUGUUCUCACACCGCGAACACGAGGUACGGGGGCUUAUCCUUCAAAUGCCGCUUAGUCCAAUCGAAGAUGAUGAUGACUACGAGUUUUUUCGGCGUGCACAGACGGCGCAGGAGAGGAAGGGGAGUUCGGCGAGUACGGUGUCGACUGCGCAUGCGUACUUCGAUGGGACGCGGGUGUUGACGCCGUCUACCUCGACGUUCCGCAUCCACGAGCCAUGGUGGAAGCAGAUCAAGCAGAUUAAGCAUACCGUGUGGGAUUCUUUGACGCCGAGGUUGAUCGUGAAGGGGAUCUUGAUGGGAUUUACGAUUUCGGGGAUGCAUUAUACGGGGAUGCGGGCGAUGCGGAUGGAGGGGUAUAUCAUCUGGUCAUACCCCAUCGUCGCGGCGUCGAUUUGCGUGGCGUGUGUGGUCUGUGCUGUUGCGGUUGUUUGGAUGCCGUAUGAAGGCGAUGUUGGGACACAGCUUAUCUUCAGUGCUGUUGCGGCGAGUGGGGUCAGUGCGAUGCAUUAUGUCGGGAUGGCCGCUGCUACGUUCGUCACGGAUUUGCCGGAGGAUCAACGCGAUACGGGCGACUUGAAGACGUUGUUACCAUUUUCUGUAGUUACGGUGUGUAUGAUUACCUGCUUCGCCAGUUAUAUUCUCCUCAGCUAUUCCCUGAUUCAGUCGAGAAACAAACUUGCGGAGAUGAUCCUGACGAAACGCAGAUUGUGGAAGGUCUUGGCUGAGAAGGAAGCGGCCGAGCAUGCCAACCGUGUCAAGACCGAGUUUAUCUCGAUUGCAUCGCAUGAGAUUCGGACCCCGUUGCAUGCUAUCUCGGGGUAUGUCGAUUUGCUGGGACACACUGUGCUCAAUCAGGAGCAGAUUGAGUACAUUGAUCGUAUCAAGGCUGGGUCGCAUGCGAUGCGGAUCAUUACGUCAAAUGUGCUAGAUUUCACGAAGCUUGAGAGGGGCAACGAAGAGACGGUUGCUAAGCCGGCGAAUAUUGAUAUUCGGACGUUGACGGUGAAUGUCAUCAAAGGAUGUACUUCUCCUCUGACUUCGAACAGUGCGAGUGCCGAUGUGAGUAAGCCUGUGGUGAACGUUGAUCUGAUCCUGUUCUUGGAUGAGACAUUGGUUAGGUUGCCGGAGACUAUGUUCGUGGACGAGGUUUACUUGACGAGAGUGUUGAUGAACCUCGUCAGCAACGGACUCAAGUUUACCACGAACGGGUAUGUCCUCGUACAAGUCUCCCUGGAUCCCAUCGCGGAUCACGACAAGCCAAUCUUACAACUUACUGUCCGCGAUACUGGAGCUGGUAUCCCACGGGCCUUUGUGAGCACCGUUUUCGAGCCGUUCAGGCAGGUGGAUACUACACUCACCUCAGGAGCUGGUGUCGGCCUGGGGUUGGCUAUUUGCAAACAGUUGGUCGGCAAGAUGGAUGGUACGAUCCACAUGGAGAGCACCGAAGGCGUCGGUACGGAGUUCAUUGUGCGUAUUCCUGCUGGACACCGCGCUCAGAGGGGUGACAAGGUGAACUUGCGGAAGGGCAUCAAGGUGGCGAUCUUCUGUGGGAACGUCAAGAAGAGGGAUCUCCUCAAUGACAUGCUUACCAGUAGUGGAUGUGACGUUACUGUGGAUAUCGAUCCCACGAAGGAGUCGUUGGUUGGUAGGCUGCUCAUGAUGGAUCGCAUUUACAUGGAUUCCGAAUCGAUUUUGGCGCACCAAGCACUGCUUAACGCCUGCACCCAGUUGCGAUCGAAGCCAAUCUUCGUCGCAUGCCAUGACACGCACGUCGGUAACUUCUCCGUCAUCCAGCUCGCACAGCAGGCUGAGAAGGUGCACCUUGCACGAAGACCGCUAAUGGUACACGAGUUCUUGCGAUGGAUGCAAGAGCCGGAGGGACAGACGAAGGAGGUCUAUGUCGCUAUGUCUGCUUCUGAGGGUCUUGUUGGUGGUACCGUGUGCGUGAAUGGGGACGUGAUGGUCGUCACCCCUCAGGAUGCAUCUCCCCAAUCUUCGAUGAUCAUGUCGGGCGUUGAGCGAGUACAGCCUGACUCUCAGGAUGCGAAUUUGACCACAAGUAGGUCGGAAGAUGCCACUGAGUCUGUAAAGCCUAAGAAGACAGCGCUUGCGGAGAAAAAGACGACGAUCUUGCUGGUGGAGGAUAACAAGGUCAACCAACAGCUUGGACUUCGCCUGCUGAACAAGAUGGCUUUUGGAGCUGAGCUUGCUGAAGAUGGACAGGUCGCUUUGAACCUGAUUACUGAAAAUCCGUCUGCGUAUGAUUUAGUGCUGAUGGAUUCACAAAUGCCUGUGAUGGAUGGCAUCGAAGCCACUCGACGCAUUCGCGAGCUGGAAGUUGCUACCGGCAGGCGACGACUACCUAUCAUCGCUUUGACUGCGAAUGUAAGCCAAGAAAGCCGGAAUGAGACCAAAGCAGCGGGUUGUGAUGACUUUCUACCCAAGCCAUUGACGAUUGCGGUGUUGAAGGCGAUGAUUGAGAAACAUGUUGAGAAAUGAAGAUGAAGAAACGAACAG